CGUGCCGCAAUACGCGAACACAACUUCCGUGAUCGAACCGCUUUCGCUCCGUAAACAGUGCAAACGUUACAUAUUUUCAAACAAUCGUGGAUGAAAGCAACUGCUCCUCAGGUGACAAUGCUGGAAAACCCCAAUUGUUGAAAUAAGAUACUCACGCAAUAUGGAGGGAGGCGCGAGGAUCUUGCUGUGGGCUGCCUCGACACUGGUGGUUCUAUGCUUAGCUGAUCCAGAAGUAUACUAUGAGAAACAGCGCUACGAUGGAUGGUUUAACAACAGAGCCUAUCCUGAUUGGGGAUCAGUGGGCAGUCGGCUUACUCGGAAGACACCCGCGUCGUACGCUGACGGAGUAUACAUGAUGGCCGGCGCCGACCGGCCUGGCGCCAGGACGCUGUCCAAACUGUUCAUGAGAGGACAAGAUGGACUACCCUCGCUGGCGAAUAGAACAGCUCUUCUAGCUUUCUUUGGGCAAGUAGUGACCGGGGAAAUAGUGAUGGCCGCCGAAUCCGGUUGUCCAAUCGAGCACCACCGCAUCCCAGUAGACAAAUGUGACCACAUGUAUGACCCAGAGUGCCAGGGUACCAAGUAUAUGCCCUUCUUAAGGGCAGCCUAUGAUCGCGCGACGGGGCAGAGUCCUAAUAGUCCGAGGGAACAAGUGAACCAAAUGACGUCAUGGAUCGACGGCAGCUUCGUGUACAGCACGAGCGAGGCGUGGGUGAAUGCAAUGAGGUCAUUUCAGAACGGGAGCCUUGCGAGUGAAGGAGGCAUGCCGCUAAGGAAUACAAAGAGAGUUCCUUUGUUUAAUAAUCCGGUACCUCACUAUAUGCGCAUGCUUAGCCCAGAGAGACUUUUCUUAUUAGGAGACCCUCGAACUAACCAAAAUCCAGCGAUGGUGACCUUCGGAAUACUUCUCCUUCGCUGGCACAAUGUGGUGGCUGCUAGAGUCCAUCGCCAGCAUCCAGACUGGAGUGACGAGCAGCUGUUCCAAAGGGCCAGGAGAAUUGUCAUAGCUAGUCUACAGAAUAUAAUCCUUUACGAAUACGUCCCCGCUUUUCUCGGCGUCCCGAUGCCUCCCUACAGCGGGUACAAAGCAGAGGUCGCUCCGGGUGUAACCCACUCCUUUGCAGUGGCAGCUUUCCGUUUCGGCCACACGCUGGUGCCGCCCGCCAUUUUGUUGAGAGACAGGAAUUGCAGAUAUGGCCGAGCACCUGGAGGACACGACGCUAUAAGGCUGUGUCAGACCUGGUGGGAUGGCAACGACGUUGUAUCUCAAGUCCCAAUCGAAGAAGUUCUCAUGGGCAUGGCUUCACAAUUAUCUGAGAGAGAAGAUGCUCUCUUGUGUUCUGAUGUUAGGGACAACUUAUUUGGUCCCAUGGAGUUUUCGAGACGGGAUCUUGGAGCACUAAACAUUAUGAGAGGGAGAGACAACGGGUUACCAGAUUAUAACACAGCCAGGGAAUACUUCGGACUUACAAGAAUUAAGACAUUCAAUGAAAUCAAUCCAGCUCUCUUUGAAAGUAAUCCAGACUUGUUGCAACGACUUAUUCAAGCCUACGAUGCUAGACUUGAUAACAUUGAUGUUUACAUCGGUGGUAUGCUGGAAUCGACUGGCCAUCCUGGAGAACUAUUCAGAGCAAUCAUAAUAGAUCAAUUUACGAGAAUUCGUGAUGCUGAUCGGUUUUGGUUCGAGAAUGAGAAAAAUGGCAUAUUCACUCGUGAAGAAAUAGCGGAACUCCGUCGUAUCACCCUCUGGGACAUCAUAGUAAACAGCACCGCAGUGGGUCCUACUGACAUUCAACGUGACGUGUUCCACUGGCGAGCGGGAGACACCUGCCCGCAGCCCUACCAGCUCAAUGCCUCCAAACUACCGCCCUGCAAGUAUUUGAAGGGAUAUGAUUAUUUUGAGGGCAACGAAUUCGCCUAUAUCUACACAUGCUUAGCAUUGGCAUUUGUUCCUAUCCUUUGCGCUGGCGCAGCAUACGGGGUAGUAAAGCUACAAAACAGUCGUCGGCGUCGGCUGAAAAUUCAACAGGAACAUUUGAAAAAUGCACAUCAUAAAGGUUCUGUGGAUAAAAUGGUAUGUCGAGAAUGGGUCCAUGCCUCUCACAAGCGAUUAGUCAAGUUACGGCUGGGACCUGAACCCUCGUUACACGUGACCGACCGAAAGGGAGACAAACUUCGCACCGUGCCGUUGGAUCACACGGAUCAGCUCACUGUACUUGAAAGCCAGGAAGGUCGCAACAACAAGCGUCCGUUAGUCCUGAUUCGCGCAGCUCGGGAACACGACCUGGUGCUAGAAAUGGACUCCAUAGCCUCCCGGAGAAAGUUCCUAGUCAAACUAGACACCUUCCUCGCUCAGCACAAGAAGGCUCUUAGCUUGAGUCAGGGCCACAGAGAUCACAUCCUGGCCACAGCCGAGACCAGAGAGCGAAGACAACGCAGAUUGGAGCACUUCUUCAGAGAAGCCUACGCCAUCACGUUUGGUCUCGCGCCCGGAGAGAAGAGACGAAGGUCUGAGGAUGCUGAUCCAGAGUCAAUAGUAAUGAGGACAUCUUUAUCUAAAGGCGAAUUUGCAAGUGCCUUAGGAAUGAAAGCUGAUGCCGUAUUUGUUAAGAAAAUGUUUAAUAUUGUCGACAAAGAUGGCGAUGGCAGGAUCUCUUUUCAGGAAUUCCUGGACACUGUAGUACUAUUCUCCCGCGGUGCGACGGAAGAUAAACUGCGCAUAAUAUUCGACAUGUGCGACAACGAUCGCAACGGAGUCAUUGAUAAGGGAGAGCUGAGUGAGAUGCUGCGGUCCCUAGUGGAGAUAGCCAGGACUACAUCACUCAGGGAUGAGCACGUCACUGAACUAAUCGAUGGAAUGUUUUUGGAUGCUGGCCUUCAACAUAAAGACCACUUAACAUAUUCGGAUUUCAAGUUAAUGAUGAAAGAAUACAAGGGCGAGUUUGUAGCCAUUGGUCUGGACUGCAAGGGAGCCAAACAGAACUUCCUGGAUACCUCCACCAAUGUUGCUAGAAUGACCAGUUUCCAUAUAGAACCCUCAAUGGAACAAUCAAGGCAUUGGCUCCUCCUAAAAUGGGACUACCUAACCACGUUCCUAGAAGAAAACCGCCAGAACAUUUUCUACCUGUUCAUAUUCUACGUAGUGACGAUAGGUCUUUUCGUGGAAAGAUUUGCUCACUACUCCUUCAUGUCGGAACAUUUAGACUUGAGGCAUAUAAUGGGAGUGGGAAUAGCCAUUACGAGAGGAUCUGCGGCGUCCCUGUCGUUCUGCUACAGCUUGCUGUUGUUGACUAUGUCCAGGAAUUUGUUGACCAAGUUGAAGGAAUUCAGCAUACAGCAGUAUAUCCCCCUGGACUCGAGUAUUCAAUUCCACAAGAUCGUUGCAUGCACAGCCCUCUUCUUUUCCCUUCUCCACACGGCCGGCCAUAUGGUCAAUUUCUACCAUGUGUCCACACAACCCGUCGAGAACCUUCGAUGUCUUACGAAGGAGGUCCAUUUCACAUCUGAUUUUCGACCAGGAAUUACGUAUUGGGUGUUCCAAACUAUCACAGGCAUCACCGGUGUGAUUCUCUUCGUGAUCAUGUGCAUAAUCUUCGUGUUCGCGCACGGCACGGUGCGCAAGCGCGCGUACCCGUGGUUCUGGCGCGCGCACUCCCUGCACGUCGCUCUGUACGCCCUGUGCCUAGUGCACGGCCUAGCCCGCCUCACAGGAGCUCCCCGCUUUUGGAUCUUCUUCCUGGGACCUGCCAUCAUUUACAUUCUUGAUAAGGUGGUGUCAUUAAGAACAAAAUAUCUGGCACUUGAUGUUUUGGAAACGGAGAUGUUGCCAUCAGACGUGAUCAAAAUAAAGUUCUACAGACCUCCAAAUCUAAAAUAUUUGUCAGGACAAUGGGUACGUCUAGCUUGCACAGCAUUCAAGAAGGAGGAGUUUCAUUCAUUCACGCUAACAUCGGCCCCUCACGAGAACUUCCUCUCUUGUCACAUUAAAGCCCAGGGUCCAUGGACGUGGAAAUUAAGAAAUUACUUUGAUCCUUGCAAUUUUAAUCCAGAGGACCAACCCAAAAUUAGAAUCCAGGGUCCAUUCGGCGGAGGUAACCAAGACUGGUACAAGUUCGAAGUGGCAGUGAUGGUGGGCGGAGGUAUCGGAGUGACCCCGUACGCCUCCAUACUCAACGACCUGGUGUUCGGAACAUCAACUAACAGAUACUCUGGAGUCGCUUGUAAAAAGGUUUAUUUCCUAUGGAUCUGCCCAUCACACAAACACUUCGAAUGGUUCAUCGACGUGUUGAGAGACGUGGAGCGGAAGGACGUCACCAAUGUGCUAGAAAUACACAUCUUCAUCACGCAGUUCUUCCACAAGUUCGACUUGAGGACCACCAUGCUGUAUAUCUGCGAGAACCACUUCCAAAGGCUGUCGCGCACGUCCAUGUUCACGGGGUUGAAGGCCGUCAACCAUUUCGGAAGGCCAGAUAUGUCUUCCUUCCUCAAAUUUGUUCAGAAGAAGCACAGUUAUGUAUCAAAAAUAGGUGUAUUCUCGUGCGGCCCGCGCCCCCUCACUAAAAGCAUAAUGUCUGCGUGCGAACAAGUGAACCGGACGCGCCGCCUGCCUUACUUCAUACAUCACUUCGAGAACUUUGGAUAAUUUGGUAGGAUCAAAAAUUUUAACUUAGCCAUGGGAAAAAAUCGACUUUGUCAUCUCGAGACCUUGCUAGAUUUAUACUUCAGUCUCAUUACCUUUAAAAUAUAUUAUAUUAAAUUGGAGCAUAUUUUAGUUUCAGAAUAAUAAGCAGUUCAUUUUACAGUCCGUUGACUGAACACAUUAAUAACAUCACGUUUGAUAAUCUAGGUAAAAUUGUAUCUUCUUUUAAAUCCUAAUGAGACUGAUGUACUCUAUAGUUUUAAGAAUUUAGUUUAGUUUAGUCAGAAAAAACCUUAACUGCCAAUCGUGAUUAAUGAUGGACGGAGCUGCUAUCAUCCAUUGGUCUACUAUUGUUUAGAUCAUAUAGAAUCAAUAAUCAUACUCGAAGUUUUGUUCAAAUCAAAGUUUAAAAAAUAUAAUUAAUUUGAAUGAGUCUCGAAUGCCAAAUUAAUAAAUCAGUUACUUCCUAUUUUAUAUUAACUUAUUUAUUGAUUAGUUUUUAUGAUUAUGUUUUUAAUAAUUAUCAUCAUCAAUGCAAUGACUCAGUACAAAAAUAAAAAACAGCGCAUUUUAAUGUACAAAAGAUUGAUUACCAUCAAUAUUACUUUUAAAUUAAUAUAAUACUCAU